AUGGUACCCGCCGAGGGACUCAGACUUGAGCAGAGGAGACGUGUUCAAACUUCGGAGGCGGGCUGUGGAGGAGUAUGCGCGUUACAUCGGGAUGAACCUCCGGCUCGACAAAGGCUUGUUGUGAGGACGGUUCUGACAUGGAUCGGGCUGAUGGGUGACCUCUUGUCUGCAAGGUGGCUGGCAGAGGAGGGACUAUAUGCCGACCUGCCUGAAGGAUACAAGGAGAUGAAGGACUUCACCGGGAACCCUUAUUACUAUAACGAGACGACCAAGACCGCCUCUUGGGAGCAUCCCCUCGACGAUGUGUACAGGUGGGGACGUGGAUGCUGCUUUCGCGCAUUUCUCGCUAUGCAUGUCGAGGCGAUUCAGAUGGGAAGGAUCGCUGCUGUACCAGGGUUGUCGUUCUAUCGCGGGAAGAAUGGCAUUCCUAAGAAUGCAAGUUUGGCGUUCGAGUGGUUUAUGGAAGGAGCAGCUGUAGCUGAUGCAAUCUGCCAGAGGAUGGCUGGUAUCUUGCUGAUGAACGGUCUUGACCUAGGAGGAGGAGGAUGGGGUUGUGAGAGAAGGGCAGGCGAUGGAGUUGAAAGGGAUAUCGAGAGAUCACGGCAGUUGCUACAUGCUGCAGCUCAGAGCGAUGACAUAUCUGCCAUGGCUUACCUUGGCUUCAUGUAUUACACAGUGAAGGAGUAUCAGAAUUUUGAGUCUGCUGUUCUCUGGACGAAGAAAUCAGCAGAGCGAGGAGACCUGACAGGCAUGUUCACGUAUGCCAUCAUGUUCGCAGAGGGAAAAGCGCUGACAAGGCAUGGCAGUUCUGAUCCUUCCAUCGCAAACAAGGCCAAAGUCUAUCUCUCCAUGCUGCAGAGCUCGAUUCCCCCCCACGAGCUGGAAAGGAUAAGGAGGAAGGUGGAAAGAUUCUCCCUGGUCAAGCAGGAUGACUUCCUGUAG